CUCUUCGCCCACAACUCUAUUCGUCAAUGCAAAGCUACAUGUUUACACAUAUUACCUAAGCCAAGUUCCGAAGUAGGAAGGAAGGCGUGGUGGCGUGAAUUCGGAAGCCGCAACUGUGUCAUGGGCGCUGCGUGCUCGGCACCAAACGAGGAUGGCGCCCAGCGAUAUGCACAGGCGCAGCUUGUAUCAGCGAUUAAGAAGGGCGACCAGGCAAAGUAUGUCAAGGUGGCGCGGCUGAACCUUCCAGCCGCGCUGGAGCUUGCGGGCUGGCAGAAGGCUCAGGCGAUCCAUGCCGCUGCAAAGAAAGGUCACACGCAAGUUCUUAGCUUCCUAGUGUCUCUGGGCGCUGCGGAGGAGGUUGUCCUGGAACGCAAUUCUGCGCUCAGUCACGGCCGGGCUUCACGCAGCGCGUCGCAGUCAAGCGCUGCUGUGAUAACAGGGCGCGGUUUGCAUCGUGCUUCAGGGGCGCCGGUUCCUAUCGGCCGCCCGUCGCCAGUGCCAGGCCUUGCGCCGGGUGUCACCGCUGACGCACCGUUAGCACCGACCGCCCCGUCUGCCAGGCCGUCGCUACCCAGCUACUCGGCAGCCCCGCCAGCGGGAGACCUGGAUGGAGCUCGGCUUCAGCAAAGAGCGAGCGGCGUCGGCGCCGGAGGCGCUGGAGGUGGUGGCGCGGGUGCUGGAGGUGGAGGUGCUGGUGGUGGUGGCGGUGGUGGAGGUCGCACCGGAGUUGAUCUGACAGGUGCAGCCGCUGCAACGGCCCGCACGUCUGCGACGGGCCUGGCUACGACGCAAGCAGGCCAGCAGUCUUCCGCUGUUGUCACCGCCACAAGCACCGCCGCCACCACCACCUCGCAAACCGGCCCCUCCACAGCCGUACCCGCCAUGGCUAGUUCUACAAACCUGAGCCCCUCGGCUGCUGCUCCAACGGCUGCAACAGCAACAGCACCGCCACCUGCGCCAUCAGCCCCUCCGCCGCCAGCCCCGCCACCGCCCGUGGUGAGCGAACACCUAUCCUCGUGGAUCAACGCACCCGACCGGCGCGGACGCACGCCGCUGGCAACCGCCGUGCUCCACAACCGCAUCGAGUUCGUCUCGCGCCUCAUCUCGCUCGGCGCAGACCCUUGGGCUCGGGCGCCUGCGAGGCCCGGCUGCGGCGGCGGCAUGAGCGGCGGUGGCGGUGCUGGCAGCAGUGGCGCCGCCGGCGCCGGCAUCAGCCGCUUCGGUGGCGGCGCCGCCGUCGGCGGGCGCGGCGGUGGCGUGACUCCUCUACACCUGGCGGCGUGGCUGGGCCAUGCACCGCUGGCGGCGGAGAUUCUCAAGAGCGGCGUGCCGGGGCCGAACCCGCGGCGGAGGCUGGCGGACGUGCAGGACGCGUACGGCUUCACGCCGUUGCACUACGCCGCGGCGGGCGGGCACGCUGACGUGGCAGAGGUGCUGCUGGCGGCCGGCGCCUCCGCCGCCAACCCCUCCGUCGCCGCCUGGCCCUGGGGCGGCGACGGCCACUGCGUCAUGCCGCCCCUGCUGGGCAGCACCGCAGGGCUGCGUGGCGUGCCGCGGCGCCUGGCGGCGGCGGUGUCGGGAGCGCUGAGUUUGGCUGGGGAUGGAGAGUUUGCCGCGGCGCUGAGUGGCGGGAGCGGCGCAAGCGGCGGGAGCCCGGGCGGGAGCGGCCGCGGCAGUGCGGUGGUUGCGGCGCGCUCCAACCCGCUGCACGUGGCGGCGCUGCGUGGCGACGGCUGCAUGGUGGCCGUUAUCCUGCGCAAGUACCUGAUGGACACGGAGGGGCUGUCGCGGCAGGCGCGGGAGCGAGUGCCCGACCCGCGCCGCCACCUCAACAAGGACGGGUUCCAGCCGUACAUGCUUGCGGGCAACGCGGGCCACUGGCACGUGGCGCAGAUGCUCAUCCCCUUCUCCAGGGACAACCAACUGCUGACGCGGGACCGCGAUUUCCUCAUGUUCUUCCCCCUGCCCCAGCAAACGGACGCCGCCGCCGCGCUGCUAGGCGAUUCCGUCGCCGCGGGCGGCCCCGGCGGCGGCGGCGGCGGCGCUCUGGGCCCGCCCUCGCUCCGCGAUCUUGCCAGCCGGUCGCUCGCCAGCUCUUUGUUGGCGGAUUUGAAGGCGGCGGAGACGGCGCUGAGAGAGCGGGAGAAGGAGAAGGAGAAGGAUAAAGAGAAGGAGCGGGUGGCGCAGGGCGGGGAGCGCGGCACCGGCGGCGGCACCGGCGGCGGCGCGGGCGCGGGCGGGGCGGCGGGCGUGAGCGCGUUUGGGGCGCUGCUGGUGCGCGGCCUGCGUGCGGCGGCGGAGGCGGCGACGGGCGGUGGUGGUGGCGUCGGUGGGCACUCGCCGGGUCCCAACAGUCCCAGGGCGUCCAUGUCGGGUGCCCGCACACCCAAGCGCAGGUCCGCAGAGCUGACGGCGAUGAUUGCGAACACGGGCGGCCACACCGGCGUUACGCCGCGCCGCAGCCCAUCUAUUGAGCUGUACAUGGGCGGCGCCACCACUUGCACUGGGGUGGGCGUGGGCAUCAGCACCGGCAGCGCCGCUGCCGCCGUCGCCGGAGCCGCCGCCACGGGCACGGGCUCCGGGGCGGCGGGCGCAGGGGCGGCGGCGCCUGCGGCGGGUGCGGGCGGCGGGCUGGGCUCGCCGUCGGGCCUGGCGUCGCCUGUGGCUGGCUCCUCGUGUGCCUCGCUACCGAGGCCGGCGUGGUGCGACGUGUGCUUCGAGGCGCCCCAGGAGUUGUGCCUGCGGCCCUGCCCACACCGGCUGUGCGCCCAGUGCUGCCGCCGUGUAGUUGAGAUGCACUUGCUGGCGCCGCGUGCGCCCGCCAAGUCCGUGCCGCCGCGCUGCCCCUUCUGCCAGGCCACCAUCCGCGGCUUCACCCUGCCGCCGGCGGCCGGGGCGGCGCCGCGCGCGCCGACGCAGCCGCAGGUGCAGCUGCCGGCGCUGCAGCUGCUGGCGCAGCCGGCGCCGGCGGCGCAGCCUUCGCCGCAGGCGCAGCAGCAGCUGCCGCAGGCGCAGCCAGAAUGCCAGCAGCAGCAGCCAACAACGCCGGUGCAGUGGGCGCCGACGUCCCAAGUACAGUAAUUCGUUUGGUGGCAGGAA